UCGAAUUUAUAUUGCUUUAUAAUUAUAAUAUUUCUUUAAAUGUGAAAAGCUAUAAGAUGUUGAAAGACAAGCAAUUUGAUAUAUUCAUCGCAAGCAAUAUCGGAUCAUUCAAACAUGUCAAAUAUUACAUUGAAUCAUCAAAGAAUAGUAAGAAAUGUUUAGAAAAUCUAGUUAAUAUUAAAUCAUUAGAGAAAAAAGAUGGCAUCACAGCGAUGUCAUGGAGUAAUGAUAACCAGACAGAAAUCAUACUUGCAAAGAAAAAUGGUGUUAUUCAAUAUUAUGAUACGGAACAAGGGAAAUUUACUAAAUCAUACAGAACUGAUGUUGAUACUCAAAGUGUGGUCGGUGUCGGUCAACACGAGAAUAUACUCCUUGCUGGUGUAAGCAGUGGUUUUGUGAAGAUUUGGGGCAAAAUGAACGAAUCUGUUGUCUCUGUUGGAGGGAAAAUUGACAAAAUGAGAAUAUGUCAAGAUGAUACAACAUUAUUUGCUACAGGUGGUGAAGAGAAUGACUUAAAAGUAUGGCGUCUAGGUGAGACUGAACCUGUAUUUGCCGCAAAGAAUAGACCACACGAUUGGUUACAACUUCGAGUUCCUAUCUGGGUGUCAGACCUUACGUUUAUGCCAGGACAAGGGGGAAAUAUAUUAGCUGUAUGUUCCAGAUAUGGAUAUGUUAGAUUAUAUGAUACACGAGUACAAAGAAGACCGGUGUGCAAUGUUGACUUCCAGAAUGGUAUGGCAGCGACAUGUUUACAACCAAGCUUUGAUGAGAGACAAGUUCUAGUAGGUUUCGGUAGAGGUCAACUGCAUCAAGUAGAUCUGCGCAGAGGCAAACCCGAUAAAGGCUACAAAGGAAGUGUAGGAGGAGUUACAGAUAUAGCUUUAAAUCGGGAACACAGAUUGGUUGUAACAACUAGUUUGGACAGACAUCUCCGGGUACACAGCUAUGAUACGAAGGAAUUGGUUUAUAAGUUAUAUGUAACAUCAAAGCCAUCAAAUGUUCUCAUACAAACAGCGACUUCAACACCACUUUUAAAUCCACCGCAGUUUGAUUUAAAACAAGAAGACAUUAAAGUAGAAGAUUCCGAUGACAUGGAUGAAUUGUUCGAUGAAAUGGUGCCAGUGAGUGAAAAACGUCGAAAGAAGAAUCCGAAUGAUUCUGAACCCGAAAAUAUACAAUUAGAACAAGAAAUAGAAGAUAUCGGAGACAUGAGACCAUCAACAGAAGGCACCACUGACAUGGGCAUAGAAGAUAGCGUAGAAAAGAGAGACGCAAAGAUAAUGCAGCUGCUGAAGAGCACGGAGAGACAGAAGAGAAGAAUAGAGAAGAGGAAGAGAGAGAAGAAAGCGAGAAGCGUCUUUCAUAAUGCUUAGAAAUAUAUAUUCACAAUUAACAUAUUUAUUAUUCAAAU